CUGCGCAGCAGCCCGCCAAGCAGACCUGCCGCCCGACGCGCCAGGAGCGGUCCGUGCUGCGCGCUCGCUGCAGCCAUGCCGAUGCUCGUGGUGAACACGAACGUGAGCCGGGACGCCGUGCCCCAGGGCCUGCUCGGCGAGCUCACGCAGCAGCUGUCCAAGGCCACCGGCAAGCCCGCCCAGUACAUUGCCAUCCACAUUGUGGCUGACCAGCUGAUGGCCUUUGGGGGUUCCUCUGAUCCAUGUGCCCUUUGUAGCCUACACAGCAUUGGCAAGAUAGGUGGGCAGCAAAACAAGACCUACACGAAGCUACUAUGUGACCUGUUUACUAAACACCUGCAUAUACCUGCUGACAGGGUCUACAUCAACUAUUAUGACAUGAAUGCUGCAAAUGUUGGAUGGAAUGGGUCCACCUUUGCCUAGCAGCCCCACUUACGAAUGGAGGCCCUGUGAGCCCGCUGUCACUUGUGCCCUUCAGUGACCACAGCCACUUUUCUCUCCGAAUAGUUCUUGCAUGUGCUGCUGUAGUAAUGCCCCUUCAUCUAGCUGAAAGACAAAUAAAAACAUAGAAGCAAA